AAUGUAAAAACUUUCCCAUCCUCUAUGUGCCUUGGAGACUGCAAGUGCAAAUUUGAUAGCUUCUCUCAAAACUCAAAAAAUAUUUGCUAUAUUCUGCACAUACACAAACACAAACACACACACCACCCCACUAUCUUAAAAAUCCAAAUAAACCACAUGCUCUCUUUCUCAUUUCCCUAUAUCUACACUUCUUUUUCAUCAUAUAUCACAACCAACAACUCUUUCUCUCACAAACACAAACACAAACACAAACACCAACUUCAUCUUCUUAAAAAAAAAAACUCUUUCAUCACUUCUUUUCUCUCCUACCCUUUAUUCUCCUUCCACUAAUUUUUCACUUUAAGCCUUAAAAAUCAAACCUUUUUCAAACCAAAAACCAAAAAAAAAAAAAAAUGAUAACUUUAACUGAUUUCUACCAUGUGAUGACAGCAAUGGUGCCACUUUAUGUUGCUAUGAUCUUAGCUUAUGGUUCUGUAAAAUGGUGGAAAAUAUUCUCACCUGAUCAAUGUUCAGGAAUCAACCGUUUUGUAGCACUAUUUGCAGUUCCACUUCUUUCAUUCCAUUUCAUAGCAUCAAACAAUCCUUACAAAAUGAACCUUAGGUUCUUAGCAGCUGAUACACUCCAAAAGCUCAUAAUUUUAUCACUUCUUGCAAUUUGGAGCAAUUUUUCCAAAAGGGGUUGUUUGGAAUGGACAAUAACACUUUUUUCACUCUCAACUUUACCAAACACUUUGGUUAUGGGUAUCCCUUUACUGAAAGGAAUGUAUGGUGAUUUUUCAGGUAGUUUAAUGGUACAAAUUGUUGUUCUUCAAUGUAUCAUUUGGUAUACUUUGAUGCUUUUCAUGUUUGAGUUUAGAGGAGCAAGAUUGUUGAUUUCAGAACAGUUUCCAGAUACUGCUGGUUCUAUUGUUUCAAUCCAUGUUGAUUCUGAUGUCAUGUCAUUGGAUGGUAGAACACCAUUGGAAACUGAUGCUGAAAUCAAACAAGAUGGUAAACUUCAUGUUACUGUUAGAAAAUCAAAUGCUUCAAGAUCAGAUAUUUACUCAAGAAGAUCACAAGGUCUUUCUUCAAAUACUCCUAGGCCUUCUAAUCUUACUAAUGCUGAGAUUUACUCUCUUCAAUCUUCUAGAAAUCCUACACCAAGAGGGUCUAGUUUUAAUCAUACUGAUUUUUACUCUAUGAUGGGUGUGGGUGCUGCUGCUGGUGGUAGAAAUUCUAAUUUUGGUUCUAAUGAUCUUGUUAAUUAUGGUUUAUCUGCUAAUUCAAGAGGUGUUACUCCAAGACCUUCUAAUUAUGAAGAAGAUGCUGUUGCUGCUAAUAAUAAUGCUAAGAAAUUCAAAAAUUACCCUGCACCUAAUCCAGGAAUGUUUUCACCUACUAAUAAUAAUAAUAAUAAUAACAAAAAUGUUGUUAAUGUUAAGAAGAGUCAAAAUGGUCAAACUCAAAUUCAACAGAAACAAGAAGAUCUUCAUAUGUUUGUUUGGAGUUCAAGUGCUUCACCUGUUUCUGAUGUAUUUGGUGGACAUGAAUUUGGUGCUCAUGAUCAGAAUCAGAAAGAAGUUAAAUUGAAUGUAUCUCCUGGAAAAGAGGGUCAUAGAGAAACUCAAGAGGACUACAUGGAGAAAGAUGAAUUCAGCUUUGGAAAUAGAGGAAUGGAAAGGGAAAUGAAUCAACUUGAAGGUGAGAAAGUUGGAGAUGGAAAAUCAAAAGUUAUGCCACCAGCUAGUGUUAUGACAAGGCUUAUAUUGAUUAUGGUUUGGAGAAAACUUAUCAGAAAUCCAAACACUUACUCAAGCUUAAUUGGUCUCACUUGGUCUCUAGUUUCAUUUAGGUGGAAUAUUGAGAUGCCUGCCAUUAUAGCAAAGUCUAUUUCUAUUCUGUCAGAUGCAGGCCUUGGCAUGGCCAUGUUCAGUCUUGGUUUGUUUAUGGCUUUGCAACCAAAAAUCAUAGCAUGUGGAAAUUCCAUAGCAGCUUUUUCUAUGGCUGUGAGAUUCCUUACAGGUCCAGCUGUAAUGGCAGCUGCUUCACUUGCUGUUGGACUCAAAGGUGUUCUCUUUCAUGUUGCAAUUGUGCAGGCAGCUCUUCCCCAAGGAAUUGUCCCAUUUGUCUUUGCUAAGGAAUAUAAUGUACAUCCUGAUAUUCUAAGCACAGGUGUCAUUUUUGGAAUGUUGAUUGCUUUGCCCAUUACUCUUGUGUACUACAUCUUAAUGGGGCUAUGAAUCAAUGAAUGAAUGAACAAAAUGAAAUGAUGGAUAUGAUUUCAAAAAGAUUCACGUGUGGUGAUGGCAUAUUCCAUGCAAAGACUUGGUUGAGACUUGUUUGUUCAUCAUCACACACACAAAAGAAAAAGGAUUAGAAAAGGAAGCCAAGAAUUUGUUUUUACUUUUUUCUAUCUUUGUAUUUGUUAUCUUUUUUCCUUUUUAAUGAACUAUCAUUUCUUAGUUAAAAUGUAAAAUCUUUAUUGUAGCUAGUUAAUUUUACAAAAUUAUUAUCUUGA